AUGACAAAUCCUGACAACGAUAUGUGCAUGAGGCCUACCCACGUAUCGCAACCAGCAGUUUCCCAGUUUGUGGCUGCGCACGAGUCCCACGAUAACGACGAGUUGCCAGCCUACGAGGAGAUAAUUAGAAAUGCCGACGAAGAGACCAAGCACUUGAUCGAAACAGCGUACUACGCCGACGAGAAGAACGCCUUUGGUGACAAUUGUGAGCUACCAGCUUAUGAGAAAGUCGAAAAGUUCAACCAGGCCGCUAAGACUGGAAGACGAAUCCUUGUCUGUACAGGUGUUGUGGUGUAUGUUUUGACCUUCAUGGGAGUAGUAUCGGUUUUAAACAAUCACAGCGGCUGCAUGUGA